GGGCGGGCAAGAUAUAAGGGUCUGAAGACCUGCUCUGGAACGAUGGUUAUUUCAUACGACGGCUACUGGCAAUCAUAUCAAUUCAGUCGUACUUUAGAUUCAGUGCCAUACAAUUUAGCGAUCAAUAAUCAUCAUGACACCACGUGUUAGCGAUGCGAUCAAGGAGGAUCACCGUGAACUCGAACAAUACUAUGAUCGUAUCACUCAAUCGACUGACCAGGACGAGCAGACGAGGUACCAGAACCUGUUCACCUGGGAACUAGCUCGUCAUUCCAUCGGAGAAGAGCUUGUGAUCUAUCCGGCAAUGGAGAAACAUGUCGCCAAUGGUAAAGCUCUGGCAGAGAAGGAUCGUAGGGAACACCAGAGCGUCAAGGAACAAUUGAAGAAGUUCCAGAAUCUUAAGGCGUCAGAUGCGGACUUCAUCCCAACUGUCGAGGCUCUGAUGAAAGAUCUCGCGCCGCAUAUCAAAGAAGAGGAAACUACCGAUCUACCAGCUUUAGAGGAGGCCCUGUCCCCAGAAGACAGCGAAAAGCUUUCCAAGUCCUUUGGUCGAACCAAGAUGUUUGUGCCUUCUCGUUCUCACCCGAGUGCACCGAGCAAGCCACCAUAUGAGACGGCUGUGGGCCUUCUUACUGCCCCCAUUGAUCACCUGGCGGAUCUUUUCCGCAAGUGGCCUGAUACCUCUACCAUGCCUAACCCGUCUACCGAGUAAAUCUUUUGUCCAUCAAUGAAAUUGUAAUGAAGCAACGUUAGGGGCCGGUGAGAUGUAUGGUUCUAGGUAGCGGUGUAUGUAUUCGGGCAUCUUAAUGUAUAGUCAUCAUGUAAUGUUUUGUUGAGUUUGGUGUGUCUGAAUAUGUAUUGCGAAUUAUGAGAAAUGGUUUCUUUCCUUACCUGGUGACAGGGCUUUCGAAAUAACGUAUGGUGCCGACGACACAAUUCACGUUACUGGAAAGCACUAUUAUUUACGGCUAAUAAAAUGUUGACUACAUGUACAUUUAAAAGCAGAGUGACAUGAUAAAU